AUGAUUACAUCUGUGGUCGUUGCAUUAUUGUUGUUCAUUGUUUACUAUAUAAUUUCUAGAAAAAAUAGUAAAUAUUUGAAAAAUGUACCCGGUCCGAAACCAAUUUUUUUCUUUGGAAACGUUCUUGAUUUUUUAGUUCUCCCUAGCUGGGGAUGGAUAGGUUGUCUUACGAAUUAUAUGGAUACUUAUGGCUCGACAAUUAUAGUACAUGAUGGACCUUUAAGUAUAGGACUAGUAACUAGAGAAGCCAAGCUUUUUGAGCACAUACUAAGUUCAUAUGCAUUCAUCAAUAAAGAUGGUCCUUAUACCUACCUACAAUCUUGGUUAGGAACUGGAUUGCUCACCAGCGUGGGUACAAAAUGGAAAAAACGCAGGCGUAUGUUGACGCCCUCUUUUCAUUUUUCGAUUUUGGAUAAUUUUGUUGAGAUCUUCGACAAUGUUAGCAAUAUUUUUAUAAAAAAACUUGAAAGAGAAAUUGGAAAGGAUAGUGUUGAUAUAAGUCCGUUAGUGUCUUUGAUGACCUUAGAUAUUAUUUGUGAGGCGGCUAUGGGAAUCAAGAUAAACGCACAAUCUGAAAAAAAUUCAGAAUACGUUCAAAAAGUCAAAGUUAUGUGCAGUAUUCUAACUGAAAGAAUGAUUUCACCGAUUCAUCCAAUUCUUUACCCAUUUACAAUAAACUAUUUUCGUGAAAAACGUGCUUUGAAAGUACUGCACGCUCAUACAGAUAAAAUUAUUGAAACACGAAUGAACGAGCAAACCGAUAAGAGCGAAGACGAUUAUACUGAUAAUGUGGGAAAGAAGCAACGAUUAGCAUUUUUGGAUCUUUUAUUAAAGAGCACUAUUGAUGGAGAACCAUUAUCUAGGUUGGAUAUUAGAGAAGAAGUGGAUACCUUUAUGUUUGAAGGACAUGAUACAACCUCAUCAGCUAUAAGCUUUACUAUGUAUGCUCUAUCAACACAUCCAGAAAUACAGGAAAAAUUAUUUUUGGAACAAACGAAUAUAUUUGAAGAUUUGAGAAAUGCUAAGCCAAGUAUACCGCAAUUACAAGAAAUGAAAUAUCUAGAAUUAGUGAUAAAAGAGGCCUUGAGGUUAUACCCUUCAGUACCGUUUAAUGGUAGAACGUUAACAGAAGAUUUGGAGUUGGAUGGAGUUUUGUAUCCGAAAGGCUUAAACAUAAUGCUUUUUACUUUUGCAAUGCACAGAAAUCCGGAAUAUUUCCCAGAUCCAUUAGAAUUCAAACCAGAAAGAUUCCAAGACUCAUCUAGGGUUAAUCCUUACGUAUAUGUUCCAUUUAGUGCAGGCCCUAGAAAUUGUAUAGGACAAAAAUUUGCAAUGUUAGAACUGAAGAGUACACUGUCAAAAGUAAUAAGAACUUUCGAGCUUCUGCCUGCAUCUCCAGUACAAGAUUUACAAUUGGCCCCGGAAACGAUAUUAGUUUCAAAGAACGGCAUCCAUAUUUCACUAAAAAAGAGAAUUAUUGUCUAA